AUCACUAUCAGGUAUCAUUACUCUAACUUCUAUACCCCACUAUCGUACCUAAAAAAAAAAAAAAAAAGUAAGAAUAAACCAAUUAUCACGACAACGAUGGUUGCCCCGCUAUGAGUCCAUGCUGUUCUGGCCUUCUAGAUUCUACUUUUCCACUGCUUCUCUCCCCCCCUACCUUUCCUUCCCCGUAUUUGAAGCUGCCUUUUGCCUACGCAUACCUAGCCUUUAGGCUCCCUUCUCUACGUUUUUCUUCCUGGCCUCGAUUGCCCUAUUGGUGUUGUCCUUCGUCUAUUAUCAUCAGUGUUAUAGCCUAACCAAUUGUUGUUAUAACCCUGCACCUUUUCCCCUUAAUCUUGUCACCGCUACAUCUCAUAGUUUAAUAGAACUUCAAAACUGUCAUAUUAUUCUGCCACUUGGUUAUCGAGGGGGAACACAACUAAACAGUUAUGGCAGAACGUACGCAAGAAACCGACAACCCCGUCGCUAACAGCAUCAUAAAGGAGGCCGAGCAAAUGUCUCUCUCCCCUCGCGAAGCGCUCAACGAAAGCGAUUCUCAACAAUCGCCUGACCUACCUCCUCACCUUCGAAAGUCUAUUACGAGAGUCCCCGUAACUCCAGGCAUUCAACCUUCUACCUAUUCGUCACAAACAAGCACUGGUUCUACCAACUCGGCCAGUCCGAGCUACUUCACACGGGAUCCUGCUGGUCACAGCAGCGGUUCGUUUCGACCACCUCCGACAGAUCAGCCAUCGGACGGAUCUUCUCCAACAAAUUUGGUGAAGGGUGCAACUUCAGACCAUGAAGUCUUGCGACGGAUGAGCAUUUCGACGAAGGGGCGGAGAGAGUCUAUAUCGGAAAUCCGAGCUGCGGCUCCUGAUUUAGCUCUCAGCGGGAACAUCAUCUCGGUUACCUUUACAACGCCCUACUCUCUUAAAUACCACAAAAAUGGAGAAUGGGAAUUGGACCAUCGUCGUGGUCAAUCAGCUCUAUUCGACUCGUUUUCCUACCUUUCGUCCGACGAAGCGCCUUGGAAUCAUACCGUAGUUGCGUGGACUGGCGAGGUUGAGUCGCCUUCCCAGUCCUUGUCUGCACCAGAGACUAUCCACGACACGACUGCUAAUAUUCCAGGCCUGAGCCAUCUCUCCGCUCCCAUACCCUUGGACGGAGAAGCGCCGCCAACACCCCCUGAAGUUGACGGCUUGUGGAUUACACGCGAACACCAAUUGAAGUUAGAGCAACAACUGGCCCACGACAGGCGUAUUAAAGCAGUCCCCGUAUGGCUUGCCGACGACAACGAGACGAGCGACGAGGGCAUUACGCUGAACAACCAGGCACGAUGGCGCCGGUACGCUGAGCACACGAUAUACCCCCUAUUUCACUAUAAGCAACAUGAACCUAACGAUGGCCGUUCGGAACGUAUCGAAUGGGCCGAUUACUUCCGUACCAAUCUAAAGUUUGCCGAUAAGAUCAUCGAGAUCUAUAAGCCAGGGGAUAUCGUCGUGAUUCAUGACUACUACCUGUUGCUACUCCCUAGCAUGCUACGGCAGAGGAUACCCAACAUGUACAUCUCGUUCUUCCUUCAUUGCCCGUUCCCCAGUAGCGAAUUUUUGAGAUGUCUACCGCGAAGAAAGGAGGUCCUUGAAGGCAUGCUUGGUGCAAACUUGGUCGGUUUCCAGUCGUAUAGCUACUCACGCCACUUUGCUAGCUGCUGUACACGGAUCCUUGACUUCCCGUCAGAUUCCGUCGGCGUAGAUGCGUACGGGGCCCGGGUCGAAGUCGGCGUUUUCCCUAUCGGCAUUGACGUACAAAAGGUGGAGCAGAUGGCGUGGUCAAAGGAAGUAUCAGAUAUGUAUAAUGCUUUAAAGGACCUCUAUAAGGACAAGCAAAUCAUCGUGGGACGUGAUCGGCUGGAUAGUGUCCGGGGUGUGGCGCAAAAGCUUAUGGCGUUCGAAAGGUUCCUCGAGCUUUAUCCCGAGUGGAGGGAGAAGGUAGUCUUAGUUCAAGUCACUUCCCCAAACACAAUUGAAGAGGGAGGAGAGGAACCUGAGAACAAGAUAGCAAGCAGAGUUAACGAGUUGGUCAUGAGAAUCAACGGUACAUAUGGAAGCUUAGGAUUCUCACCGGUACAGCAUUAUCCGCAGUAUUUGUCACCAGAGGAAUAUUUUGCGUUGCUCAGAGCCGCAGACAUCGGCCUAAUAACCUCGGUCCGGGACGGUAUGAAUACAACCAGUCUGGAAUAUGUCGUGUGCCAGCGCGAUACGCAUGGACCGCUGAUCCUUUCCGAGUUUAGCGGUACUGCAGGGAGCCUGCGCGACGCUAUACAUAUCAACCCUUGGGAUCUCACCGAUGUUGCCCACCAAAUACACAACGCUCUCACCAUGUCUGCCGAGAAACGUAUGGCGAUGCAGUCGAGCCUCUAUAAGCACGUAACAACCCAGAACGUUCAAAUUUGGAUCACUAAGUUCCUGCGCAAGCUAGUCGGCACGCUGGCGUCAACAAAGAACCAGAAUGUCACACCGCUACUGGACCGUACACUAAUGCUGAAGCAGUACCGCGAGGCCAAGAAGCGUCUGUUUAUGUUCGACUACGAUGGUACACUUACCCCAAUCGUAAGGGAUCCUCAGGCUGCUGUUCCAUCGGAGCGCGUUAUCCAAACCCUGAAAGCCCUCGCAGCAGACCACCAGAACGCUGUCUGGAUCAUUUCUGGCAGAGACCAAGAUUUCUUGCAGCAGCAUCUGGGCCACAUCUCGGAACUUGGCUUCAGCGCAGAGCAUGGAAGCUUUAUCAGACAUCCUGGCAGCGACACGUGGGAGAAUUUGGCUGAGAAGUUAGACAUGGGCUGGCAGGCGGACGUGGUCGAAGUCUUCCAGAAGUAUACCGACCGCGUACCUGGUUCAUUCAUCGAGCGUAAACGAUGUGCGUUAACUUGGCACUACCGCCAAGCCGAUCCCGAACAAGGUGUCCACGCGUCCCAAGCACUGCACAAGGAGCUAGAGUCGACCGUGGUCAAGAAGUGGGAUGUUGAUGUAAUGAAAGGCAAGGCCAACCUUGAAGUGCGGCCAACGUUCAUCAAUAAAGGCGAGAUCGCCAAGCGCUUGGUCAACGAUUACAAUUCCGAUAUUGCACACAUAACCUCCGGACCGCAGAACGCCAAGAACCAAGAAGGACGGCUCGAGUUCGUCUUAUGUAUGGGUGAUGACUUCACAGACGAAGAUAUGUUCAGGGCUUUGAACGGUCUCAGCGGCACACAAGUCGAUAGGGAUCAUGUCUUCACCGUGACCGUCGGUGCCAGCACAAAGGUCACGUUGGCUAAGUGGCACAUGCUAGAGCCAGCGGAUGUUGUAGAGUCGAUAGCUCUCCUCGCGGGAGUUGGACUGAGCGGCGAGGCGCACGAGCAGCUUAGCCAAGUUAACCUUGCUACUGUUGCCGGACUCGAAGGCCGAGUACCUGAAUGACUAGGCAAAUCGAAGUUAUGAUUAUACUAGGAACAGUAGGCAACAUAGAAAAAGCGUGGCGCUAGGUAGUUGGGGCUCGGUCUAGAGGGUUUGUUCGUACAUUCGAACUAAAGCAUGUCGCUUUUUCGUUCCCACGCAGAAUAGCCUCAAAAGAGAGCAUAGAACCGCAGACGGCCGACGUCCCGGAGGUGAUAGUCGCAAUCUCGAGAUGGCCUCCUUAAGCUAAGCGGAUAGGUGGACGGUUCUCGUUCGGGGUCUACUGCGCCUUGUUUGGAUACAUGUCU